UUGUGUUGUGAAAAUGGCGGCGUCUCGUCGCUCUUCGCAGCAGCAAAGUCUGCCAUCCCCUCCUCGGAACACCUCGCUCUCUUCGACUCCUCCAGGUUCUCCAUCAAUGCCAGUUGGGGCAACGAGUUUGGCUCCGGCGGGCGCUGAACAGGACAAGAACGGGGAUUCGGACAUAACAUUGGCCUCCCCCGAUCUCCCCGCUCCGGCCCUGAGUAGUAGUAGCAGCACCAGCUCAACUACAACAACCACCGGCGGGGGCAGCAGCGCAGGCUCCAGUCCCGAGUCAGGCAAUACUAGCCCGGGGGGCGGCAGCUGCGGAACCAGUGGGGCUUUUCGGGAGCUGUUUGAGGCCUGCCGCAAUGGAGACGUAUCGCGCGUUAAAAGACUUGUGGACUCGGUAAAUGUGAACGCCAAGGACAUGGCUGGGCGCAAAUCUACCCCUCUACACUUCGCUGCAGGGUUCGGCCGGAAAGACGUGGUUGAGCACCUCCUGCAGACGGGCGCUAACGUGCACGCGCGGGACGACGGCGGCCUCAUCCCGCUGCACAACGCCUGCUCGUUCGGCCACGCCGAGGUGGUCAGCCUGCUGCUGUGCCAGGGCGCCGACCCCAACGCCCGCGACAACUGGAACUACACCCCCCUGCACGAGGCCGCCAUCAAGGGCAAGAUCGACGUGUGCAUCGUGCUCCUGCAGCACGGAGCCGACCCCACCAUCCGCAACACCGACGGGAAGUCUGCGCUGGACCUGGCCGACCCCACCGCCAAGGCUGUGCUGACCGGUGAAUACAAGAAGGACGAUCUCCUGGAGGCGGCGCGGAGUGGCAAUGAAGAGAAGCUCAUGGCACUGCUCACUCCGUUAAAUGUCAACUGUCACGCAAGCGACGGCCGCAAGUCGACAUCCCAAAAAAUGCUGUCCACCCCCCUGCACCUGGCGGCCGGGUACAACCGCGUCCGAAUCGUUCAGCUGCUGCUGCAACACGGAGCCGACGUCCACGCCAAGGACAAAGGUGGCCUGGUGCCCCUGCACAACGCCUGCUCCUACGGACACUACGAGGUGACCGAGCUGCUGCUGAAGCACGGGGCCUGCGUUAACGCCAUGGACCUGUGGCAGUUCACCCCGCUGCACGAGGCCGCCUCCAAGAACCGCGUGGAGGUGUGCUCCCUGCUGCUCAGCCACGGGGCCGACCCCACCCUCGUCAACUGCCACGGGAAGAGCGCCGUCGACAUGGCACCCACGCCUGAGCUGAAGGAGAGGCUCACCUAUGAGUUCAAAGGUCACACGUUGCUGCAGGCGGCUCGGGAGGCGGACAUGGCGAAGGUGAAGAAGACCCUCGCUCUGGAGAUCAUCAACUUCAAGCACCCUCAGUCCCAUGAGACCGCUCUGCACUGCGCCGUGGCGUCCCCGCACCCCAAGCGGAAGCAGGUCGCCGAGCUGCUGCUGCGCAAAGGAGCCAACGUCAACGAGAAGAACAAAGACUUGCUGACCCCCCUGCACGUGGUGGCGGAGAGAGCCCACAACGACCUCAUGGAAGGCCUGCAGAAGCACGGGGCCAAGAUGAAUGCCCUGGACACACUGGGGCAGACGGCCCUACACAGAGCUGCCCUGGCGGGGCACCUCCAGACCUGCAGGCUGCUGCUGAGCUACGGGGCCGACCCCGCCAUCGUCUCCCUGCAGGGCUUCACCGCCGCGCAGAUGGGCAACGAGGCCGUGCAGCAGAUCCUCAACGAAAACAUUCCCGUGCACAACUCUGAUGUAGACUACCGGCUCCUGGAAGCAGCCAAAGCCGGAGACCUGGACACUGUGAAGCAGCUGUGCUCCCCUCAGAAUGUGAACUGCCGGGACCUGGAGGGCCGCCACUCCACCCCGCUGCACUUUGCGGCCGGGUACAACCGCGUGGGCGUGGUGGAGUACCUGCUGCACCACGGGGCCGACGUCCACGCCAAAGACAAGGGGGGCCUGGUCCCGCUGCACAACGCCUGCUCCUACGGGCACUAUGAGGUGGCCGAGCUGCUGGUCCGGCACGGGGCCUCCGUCAACGUGGCCGACCUGUGGAAGUUCACCCCCCUGCACGAGGCAGCAGCCAAGGGCAAAUACGAGAUCUGCAAACUGCUGCUGAAGCACGGGGCCGACCCCACCAAGAAGAACCGGGACGGGAACACCCCGCUGGACAUGGUGAAGGAGGGGGACACGGACAUCCAGGACCUGCUGCGGGGCGACGCCGCCCUGCUGGACGCCGCCAAGAAGGGCUGCCUGGCCCGCGUGCAGAAGCUCUGCAGCCCCGAGAACAUCAACUGCAGGGACACCCAGGGGCGCAACUCCACCCCCCUGCACCUGGCCGCUGGCUACAACAACCUGGAGGUGGCAGAGUUCCUCCUGGCACACGGGGCAGACGUGAACGCCCAGGACAAAGGAGGACUCAUCCCGCUGCACAAUGCAGCCUCCUAUGGCCACGUGGACAUCGCAGCCCUCCUGAUAAAGUUCAACACCUGCGUCAACGCCACGGAUAAGUGGGCCUUCACCCCGCUGCACGAGGCCGCACAGAAGGGCCGAACACAGCUGUGUGCCCUGCUGCUGGCCCACGGAGCCGACCCCACCAUGAAGAACCAGGAGGGCCAGACCCCACUGGACCUGGCCACGGCUGAUGACAUCAGAGCCCUCCUCAUCGACGCCAUGCCCCCGGAGGCCCUCCCCAGCUGCCUGAAGCCCCAGGCCACGGUCGUGAGCGCUUCCGUCAUCUCCCCCGCCUCCACGCCCGCCUGCCUGUCUGCCGCCAGCAGCAUCGACAACCUGGCCGGGCCCCUGGCCGAGAUGUCUGUCCCCGGGCCCUCGGGGGCCGCCGACGGGGCCACAGGCUCUGAGAGGAAGGAAGGGGAGAUCACGGUCCUCGACAUGAACAUCAGUCAGUUCCUGAAGAGCUUGGGCUUGGAGCACCUGCGGGACAUCUUUGAGAGGGAGCAGAUAACGCUGGACGUGCUGGCUGACAUGGGGCACGAGGAGCUGAAGGAGAUCGGCAUCAACGCCUACGGCCACCGGCACAAGCUCAUCAAGGGCAUCGAGAGGCUGCUGGGAGGCCAGCAAGGUGGCAACCCGUACCUGACCUUCCAUUGCUCCGGGCUGGGCACGGUGCUGAUCGACCUGGCCCCCGACGACAAGGAGUUCCAGUCUGUGGAGGAGGAGAUGCAGGGCACGAUUCGAGAGCACAGAGACGGAGGUAAUGCUGGAGGGGUGUUCGUCAGGUACAACAUCCUGAAGAUCCAAAAAGUGGUGAACAAGAAACUAAGAGAGAGGUAUGCCCAUCGCCAGAAGGAGAUUGCAGAUGAGAACCACAAUCACCACAACGAGCGCAUGUUGUUCCAUGGGUCUCCAUUCAUAAACGCCAUCAUCCACAAGGGCUUUGACGAGCGGCACGCCUACAUUGGCGGGAUGUUCGGAGCCGGGAUCUACUUCGCCGAGAACUCGUCCAAGAGCAACCAGUACGUCUACGGCAUCGGGGGCGGGACCGGCUGCCCCACCCACAAGGACCGGUCCUGCUACAUCUGCCACAGGCAGAUGCUGUUCUGCAGGGUGACCCUGGGGAAGUCCUUCCUGCAGUUCAGUGCCAUGAAGAUGGCCCACGCUCCCCCAGGGCACCACUCCGUCAUCGGACGGCCCAGCGUCAACGGCCUGGCCUACGCAGAGUACGUCAUCUACAGAGGAGAGCAGGCCUACCCAGAGUACCUAAUCACAUACCAAAUUGUGAAGCCCGAGAGCACAGCCCAAGCCACAGCCGGCGCCGAACAGAAGUCCUAGUCCAGAGUGUGGUGACCGCCAUGGCCAGCCCCUCCCAGCGUAACUGCAGAUGGCUACCCAACACUUUGCACAUUCUGGGUCCAAAAGGCAGUAAACCCCCCUCUCCGUACAUUUGUGUGAAAACCUACUUUUUAAAUUGGGGUGGGGAAAUAAAACCUUGGUUGGUUAUCGACUGCCUAACCCCUUUCCUGUUAGCCUUUACGAAGGUUAUUGCCUUCAUGUGAAAAUGUCGCCUUCCCGCCCGUGGUGGUUGGACCGGGCCCCUUUUUCUUUGCCUUUGGGUUCUCUUAAAGGGCCGGCUAAUGGUGGAGUUGAGACCAGGGUUCAGCGGACUGCAUGCUGCAGUAACUGCAGUCACAGGCUGUGGAGAAACGGCGAGGGCAACGGGCCUCGUCCUGCAGGCCUGGAGUGGCACAAGGUCUGCCGCUUUCUGUUUUGACUCCAUAAUCAGGAACCCAUGUAGACCCAUGAAACUCUGCUGAAGUCCUUUUGAUGGAUUCUGUGUCAAAAAACAAGGAAAAGCAGGCCUUGCGGCUCUCCGGGCCCAGCGCUGGGACCCCAGGUCUAGAGGCACACACUGAACGGUGUACAGAUGAAAUGGCCAAACUGCUUCGUUCCAUCCCCCCUGCGUGUCCUCCAGGUUACACUGCCUCCUGUCCUCCUGUGGAAUGGCUUAUUUCACCACAGUUUUAACUCAAACCCGUAAGGGCCGUUACCCCCUGACUGACGUUACAACUGCUGAAUGUUUGGGAGGUAAAGCCCAAUGCCGAUACAUAACAGAGACUGAUGAGUUAUCGACACCUCAGGGGUAUAAAAGCAUACAGCAGUCUCUCGUGUCUGUAUUGGGCUUUACCACCCAAGUGUCCAGCAGUUGUAACGUCAGUCACCGUGGAAUAAAAUCAUGACAAGUGUAUUCAUCCUGUUUGUUUUGUGCUGGGUUUUCUUUUUUAUCCUUGCUUUCUCAUUUGUUUUUAAAAUGGUGUUGAAGAGGCCUGUCCGAAUGUUUUUUUUGUUAGUUUUUUUUUGUUUUGUUUUUUUAUUGACCUUGUUUUUAAGUGGUUUUGUGUGGAGCCUGAGGGACUGAGAGAAAGCACAGGGACAGACGCAUUUUGCCAUCCUCUGAUCCACACAACUCCCAUUUUAAAGGAAUUGCACUUUUAAGCAGGAAACAUUUAAGUUAUUUACGAUGAAAUAAAAUGACAUUGUUGAAAAAGAUAUGUUCAUAAUGUACAGAUUGUGUAAAGGACACUGUAAAGCUUUUGAUGUUGUUUAAUGAUGAAGUUUGGCUUUUACUCGUAUUGUAAAUGAAGUGGGAUUAUUUUGGGUAUUUUUUAUUUUAGUUUUUCUUGUUUGUUUGUUUUCGUUAGUUUUUUUGGAGGAGAGACACGAUCCUCUAAUUGGGUGGUCCUGUUGCAUUCCCUUUGCUUUCUGAAUAAACAUUUACUGUGGAAGAUGUGCCUCCUUGGAUCCAAUUCCCACAUUUAUUUGUUUUUACUUUCCUUUGUCACCGUAAACUGAAAUUUUUCAGAUGAUUAUGGUAUAACAUUUAAAACUGUGAAACCGUUACACUACCACUGAAAAUUAAGCUAAUCUCCGUUUCAGAAGCCAGGACUGUAAGAAAACGGCAUUUAUUUCUUGUGGCACUGAAUUCCCGAGGUCGGUGAUGGCCUAGUGAGGUGGUCACGGUGAAGGCUCGAACUCUAGGAAAUGAACUCAGCUGGAAGUGACAUGGUAAGGCUAGGGUGCAGGUUUGUGUGGCGUAGAUGCAAGAGCUGGAACCAACAGCAAAUUCGGCAGUUCCCAGCUCGACACUGUUUUAGCUGCAUGGUUAUUCCUCUUAUUGGCCACCAGCCUUGUACAAAUCCCUCAGCUGUCCCACGACAUUAACUCUGCCCUGUGCCUGAAAAACCUUGUUACUUGGUUGUUACCCGUCUUUUUCACUUGUUUUUCCGUUUUGUUUUAGUUUUUUUUGGCCUAAAUCAAGGCCUCCACUGACCUGUUUAACACUUAAGUAGUCGGAAGACUUGCUCAGACUUGCUUUUAAUAAAAUAAAAAUGGCACAUCA